GAUGGGGCUGGCGCGGCGCCCUCCGCCCGCGCCCCUCCUCCGCCGCCUGCUCCUCUCGUGCCACCUCCUGCUGCUCCUGCCGCCGCCGGGGUCCUCGGGGUCGCUGCCCGCCGCGCGGCCUCGCAUCGCGCGCUUCUUCCCGGAGGUGGAGGGGCUGGUGCAGCGCUUCUCUCAUGAGGCCAUUUCCAACUACAGCACCUUCCGGGUGGAUCCCCGAUCCCACACACUCUACGUGGGAGCCAAGGACACCCUCCUCGCCCUGCCUGUGGGCACCAUCAGUCAGGGGGCCAAGAAGAUAGCCUGGAAUGUGCCUGAGAAUCUCCAGAUCUCUUGCACCUUGAAAGGGAAAAAAGAGGCUGAAUGCCACAACUUCAUUCGCAUCCUGGAGUUUGCCAACCGGACGCACCUCUUUGUCUGUGGGACCUUUGCCUUCAGCCCCCAAUGUGGCUACAUUAAAGUGAGCGACUUCCACACUGUGGAGCGGCAGGAGAGCGGGCGGGGGAGGUGCCCCUUUGAGCCCCUGCAGCCGUCUGCAGCCAUCAUGGCAGAUGGCGUCUUGUAUGCAGCCACAGUCAACAACUUCCUGGCCACGGAGCCCAUCAUCUCCAGAGCCACGGGGAACCCUACAGAGUUCAUCCGAACAGAAAACUCUGUGGCCUGGCUGAAUGACCCUGAAUUUGUGGCCUCGGCUUUUGUGCGGGAGAGUGAGAACGGCGAAGAUGACAAGAUCUACUUCUUCUUCACGGAGACUGCGCGCGAAUACGACUUCUACGAAAAAGUCAAGGUUGCGCGUGUGGCCAGAGUCUGCAAGGGAGACUUGGGGGGCCAGAAGACGCUGCAGAAGAGGUGGACAACCUUCCUGAAGACACAGCUGGUCUGCUCAGACCCUGAGAGCGGCACCGUCUUUGGCAUCCUGAAGGAUGUGGUCACUUUGUCCUCAGACAACUGGAACACCACCAUUUUCUAUGGGGUCUUUGCAGCCCACAGGAAGGAGGGGAGUGCCAUAUGCACCUACAGCCUGCAGGACAUCCAGAGGGCCAUGGGUGGACGCUUCAAGGAGUUCCGACGCGACUGCGACAAGUGGACAAGUGUCAUGCAGGACGAUGUUCCUGACCCACGGCCGGGGGCAUGUGUCACCAAGAGCCUGAAGCUGGAGGGCAUUGGGUCCACGCUGGCCCUCCCGGACCGAGUCCUGACCUUUGUUCGUGACCAUCCUCUCAUGGAUGAGCCUGUCCACCCGCAGAGGGGCUCUCCGCUGCUAGUCCAGCUGAACACCCAGUACUGCCGGCUGGCUGCCCACCGGGUCAGGGCGCUCUCUGGGGAGGAGCACGAUGUCCUGUACCUGGGAACAGAGGACGGACACCUGCACAAGGCGGUCAGGACCAGCCUGCAAGACUCCCUGGUGAUAGAAGACCUGGAGCUGUUUGCUGUGCCUCAGCCCAUCCGCAACCUACAGCUCCACCAGAACUGGCUCUUUGUGGCUUCCGACAGCGAAGUGACCCAGAUCAGCACCUCCACCUGCGCCACGUACAGGACAUGCCAGCAGUGUGUCCUGGCCAGAGACCCGGCCUGUGCCUGGAGCAGGGAGCGGGGGGCUUGCAUGGACCACCAUGGGCAGGCUGGCCUGGUCCAGGAUAUGACGGCAAGCAAGGUGCUAGCGCUGUGCCCCAUGGAGGAAGGCUUUGCAGAGGCUGCCCCGGUGGUCAAAAUCCUGGCCCCCCUGUCUGCCCGCGUGGUCCUGCCUUGCAUCCCACAGUCCGCCUUGUCCAGCUGCGAAUGGCAGAGGCCUUCCCAAGACACCUCCACCUACGUCCUGCGCAGGGAUGGGCUGGAGUUCACGGCUGCUGCAGCCACGCUGGGCGAGUACACCUGCCGCUGCACAGAGAAUGGGGUGGGCGGAGUGGUGGCUGCCUACAGCCUGGUGCCUGGUGGGCUGGGGGCCAGCAGUGCCCCUCGCUCAGAGGAGCGCAGCUACAGCGUCCUGGUGGGGGUGCUCUGCUUUGUGCUGGGCGUCCUGGUGAGCAGCGGCUGCCUCCUCGUGCACGAGCGCCGGCGGAGGGAGCGCCUCCAGCGGGAGCUGAUCUGCCGUGAGCGGAAUGGGCUGGACCUGAUGCAGUCGACCACCACCAGCUGCAGCCAUGAGCCGCAGACGCCCAGCUCUCCUGAGGAUGAGCGCCACCCGCUGGCCAACAGCAAGAAGAACGGCAGCCUCAAUGGCUACCCCCACCUCUACAUCAACGAGCUGGACACAGAGCAGGCCCGCAUCUACCUGGCAGGGGUCCCCCUGGCCAAGUGUGACGAAACCUCCAUCUAGAAGGGGGCAUCCCGCUCACUCUUGCUGGUUGGCUCUCUGGAAGUGGCUGCCAUAGGGGAUUGACUGCCCCACUGCAGCCAGGCUGCUGAGAUCUCUCUGGGGCCAGGGCAAGUUUGUUUGGGGGCCAGCUGGGCUGCUGCUGCUCCUGGCGGAAGUCCAGGCUGAGCGACUCCUUCCCAUGCUGGGAGGCCAGAGGGUCCCGCUGGCUUUCUGGUGGCCAGGGAGAAGCAGGGAGCUGUGAGAGAGACUGCAGGGCUGGUUUCCAGGGCCUGGAGAAGCCCCCGACUGUGCCUGCGUGAUGCUUACUAGAAAGUUUGGUUUGCCUGCCUGCCGCCCUCUCUGCAGAGCCUGCCAGGCUCAGCCAUGUUGCCUGAGGGGCCGGGAGCGCCUGGCCCUGGGACCUGCUGUGAAGGACGUGCCAAAAUGCCCAGUGAGGGGUGGUGCCUUGGAACAUGGAGCCCCCUUGCCAGUUGAAGCGGCAGCACCUGGAAUGUUUACUGGGGGACCUGGUCCCCUCACCACCCACUUCCAUUUCAAUCCCUGCAGCUGCUCUUUGGACAGAAGGCAGACUGCCCUCCCCCUUCCUAGCAGAUUUGGACUGAUAAAUGUGAAGGAUGCUCCGUGUGGGAGCAAAGGACCUUUUGGAAUACCUCCCUCCUGCUCAGUCUCAGAGGGGCACAGACUCUGUGGUUCCCCACCUUUUGAAUGUGGCCAAAUGUGUACCCCCUUUGAUCUCAUAUCUUGGAUCUCUGCCUCCCUCCCCCUUUUGAUGUCCCACAGGGUUUUUGCUUCCCAAUAAGCUGUACCAGGGACCAUCUUUCUGUGAAACGGGUGUUGUGCUCCCCUACUGUUGUAUUUUGGUUGUUUUACUUUCUUGGUUUUGUGACUUAUUAAAAGGGAUGAAACUGAG